AUGCCCUUCUGCUGGCAGAUCCGCACGCCGCAGAUCAGCGACCUGGGGCUCAUAUGGCUGGACGGCAUCGGGGGGGACGCCAGGCACCUGCUGCUCGAGGACAAGGAGACGGGCGACGUGCUCUUCCCCCUCGUCACCCUCACCUCCCGCUUCCAACACGGCCACAGGUGCACCUACCCCCUCCCCUUGCUCUCCCCCUCGGCCUCCCCCGCUUCCCCUCCUUCCCCCCGCCCCCCCAUCCCCUUUAUCUGCCUCACCCCUUCGCUCCCUCGAAUAGCCUUUUCCUUCCCCCCAUGCGCCCCAUCGCCCUGCCGCACACAGCCCCCCCACCUUCACCUCCCCUCUCCACGCCCACCCCGCCCUCAUUCUCCCUUCCAACCUUCCCCCUCUCCCCUCCUCCUCCCCAGUCGCAAGCUGUCAAGCCUGGCGUAUCGCAUGGUGGUGCUGCCCAACUGGCCCAUGGCGCGCGCGGGAGAGGGCAGCAGCAGGAAGCGCAAGCAGCGAGGGGACGCGGAGGGCGGACCGCAGAGGAAGGCAGUCGAGGUGGGCGGUGAGGUGACGCGGCGAGGAGGGGACGCUGGUGGUGAGAGUGGAAAGGGGAGGAGUGGGUUCGAGAGAGAAGGGGGGCAGGAGGAGAAGGAUGGCGAGGGGGUUUCAAAGGACAACGAGGGGAAGGGCAGGCAAGCGUGUGGGUCAAGCAGGGGAGAGGGAGAGGAAGCGGGAGGGGCAGGCGGGAGUGCUGGAGAGGUGAGACUGCAAGGAGCAGGAGCAGAGGGUAAUGCAGUGAGGAGGAGUGGCGGAGAGUCGUUUGGCACACAGGCUAAGGAGGAAAGCAGAGGGGCGGGUGCAGAGGAGAGGGAGGAGGAGAUGGAGGAAGAGGAGGAGGAGGGCGGGGAGAGGGGCGGCAGCGGUGCGGCAUACGAUGCAGUGGCGGAGAGGGAGGAGUUGGAGCGACUGAGGGCGUUUGGGGAUAUCUGCUGGCUGGAGUGGUUCAAAGCACCGCCCAACGUGCUGCACCAGCUUGCCCAGCAAGUGGGCGACAUGGGGGGCGAGGUGAGCCUGGUGCCGCUGCCAGUCGUCUACAACUCCAUGGCGCGCCGACCGGGGAUCCAGGAGCACAAGUUCUUCCGCAUCCUCUACCGCGCCAUCCGCCUCACCUCCUACUACCACGUGCUCAAGCACCCCCCGGGCAUGGAGCAGGCGUUGGUGGACCACCACUGCCCCGCCUUCCCCCCGCCACUAGUGCGCACCAACGGCACGAGGCGCUGCAGCAGGUGCAGUGAGUCGCCCAUGCGAGGACCGGCCAGCCUGCAGCACACCUUUGUCAAGUACACCCUGCCGGUGCACGAUGCAGACAACGACCUUCUGCUGGCGUACCGCCUGCUGCCCAUCGCGCGCUUCGUGCCGCUCCACGCGUGCUUACAGCGCUGGCAGCAGCUGCAGCACGUGCGCACACAGCGGAGCGGCGAGAGCGAGGGGCAGGAGGGGGAGGAGGAUGCGGUGCUUGGGAUUCAGAGGACUGACAAGAAACAAGAGUUCAAGAGCAUGGAAGCUACUGUGCACCACAUCCUCCCCCUCGCCGUCCUCCCAUGA